GGUAGGCGGGAGGGAUCGAGCGAGCCGCUCUGGACAAUGAGCUGGGCAGCUCGACGCUGUGGCCACUUUUAGUGGGGGCGCGGGCCGGUCGGCGCCUCGGCUGCUCAGAGGCCCCCACCUGCGAGGAGAGGGCGGGAUGCCAGAGCCAGGUGUCCCGGCGCUGUGAGGCCCCUCACGGUCAGACGUCCCUGUACUUGAUUCUCGCAUUGACGUUAGGCUACCGAGAGGUUGUGGCUGGGACGUUUUUUGUGAGGAGCCCUUGGAGCAGCCGCGAUGGCCAGCACCAGGAGUAUUGAGCUGGAGCACUUUGAGGAACGGGACAAAAGGCCGCGACCAGGGUCGCGGAGAGGGGCGCCCAGCUCCUCGGGAGGCAGCAGCAGUUCGGGCCCCAAGGGGAACGGGCUCAUUCCCAGCCCGGCGCACAGUGCCCACUGCAGCUUCUACCGCACGCGGACCCUGCAGGCUCUGAGCUCGGAGAAGAAGGCCAAGAAGGCACGCUUCUACCGGAAUGGGGACCGCUACUUCAAGGGCCUGGUGUUUGCCAUCUCCAGCGACCGCUUCCGGUCCUUCGAUGCCCUGCUCAUCGAGCUCACCCGCUCCCUGUCGGACAACGUGAACCUGCCCCAGGGCGUCCGCACCAUCUAUACCAUCGAUGGCAGUCGGAAGAUCUCCAGCCUGGACGAGCUGCUGGAAGGUGAGAGUUACGUGUGUGCAUCAAAUGAACCAUUUCGUAAAGUUGAUUACACCAAAAAUAUUAAUCCGAACUGGUCUGUGAACAUCAAGGGUGGGACAUCCCGAGCCUUGGCUGCUCCCCCCUCGGUGAAAAGUGAAGUGAAGGAAAGUAAAGAUUUCAUCAAACCGAAAUUGGUGACCGUGAUUCGAAGUGGAGUGAAGCCUAGAAAAGCCGUGAGGAUCCUUCUAAAUAAGAAGACUGCUCAUUCAUUUGAACAGGUCUUGACAGAUAUCACCGAAGCCAUUAAACUAGAUUCAGGAGUGGUCAAGAGGCUCUGCACGCUGGACGGAAAGCAGGUUACUUGUCUGCAAGACUUUUUUGGUGAUGAUGAUGUUUUUAUUGCUUGUGGACCUGAAAAAUUCCGUUAUGCCCAAGAUGACUUUGUCCUGGAUCACAGUGAAUGCCGUGUCUUGAAGUCAUCUUAUUCUCGCUCCUCAGCUGUUAAGUAUUCUGGAUCUAAAAGCCCUGGGCCCUCCCGACGCAGCAAAUCACCAGCUUCAGUUAAGAGGGGUGGCCAUCACUCCAGUGCCUACUCUGCAGCCAGAUCCCCAGUUAAUGGAACUCCCAGCAGCCAGCUGUCUACUCCUAAAUCAACGAAAUCCUCCAGCUCUUCCCCAACUAGCCCAGGAAGUUUCAGAGGAUUAAAGCAGAUUUCUGCACAUGGCAGAUCUUCUUCGAAUGUAAAUGGUGGACCUGAACUUGGUCGUUGCAUGAGUCCUGAAGGUGUGAAUGGAAACAGGUGCUCUGAAUCAUCAACUCUUCUUGAGAAAUACAAAAUUGGGAAGGUUAUUGGUGAUGGGAAUUUUGCAGUAGUCAAGGAGUGCAUGGACAGGUCCACUGGAAAGGAAUUUGCCCUGAAGAUUAUAGACAAAGCCAAAUGUUGUGGAAAGGAGCACCUGAUUGAGAAUGAAGUGUCAAUCCUGCGCAGGGUGAAACAUCCAAAUAUCAUCAUGCUGGUUGAAGAGAUGGAAACAGCUACUGAGCUCUUUCUGGUGAUGGAAUUGGUCAAAGGUGGGGAUCUCUUUGAUGCAAUUACCUCUUCAACCAAGUACACUGAGAGAGAUGGCAGCGCGAUGGUGUACAACCUGGCCAACGCCCUCAGGUAUCUUCAUGGCCUCAGCAUUGUGCACAGAGACAUCAAGCCAGAGAACCUCUUGGUGUGUGAAUAUCCUGAUGGAACCAAGUCCUUGAAGCUGGGAGACUUUGGUCUGGCUACUGUGGUGGAAGGCCCUUUAUACACAGUCUGUGGCACACCAACUUACGUGGCUCCAGAAAUAAUUGCUGAAACUGGCUAUGGCCUGAAGGUGGAUAUUUGGGCGGCAGGCGUGAUCACAUACAUACUUCUCUGUGGAUUCCCUCCAUUCCGAAGUGAGAACAAUCUCCAGGAAGAUCUCUUUGACCAGAUCUUGGCUGGGAAGCUGGAGUUUCCAGCCCCCUACUGGGAUAACAUCACAGACUCAGCAAAGGAAUUAAUCAGUCAAAUGCUUCAGGUAAACGUUGAAGCUCGGUGUACCGCGGGAGAAAUCCUGAGCCACCCCUGGGUGUCAGAUGAUGCCUCCCAGGAGAAUAAUAUGCAAGCUGAAGUAACAGGUAAACUCAAACAGCACUUUAAUAAUGCGCUCCCCAAACAGAACAGCACCACCACCGGGGUCUCGGUUAUCAUGAACACGGCUCUAGAUAAGGAGGGGCAGAUUUUCUGCAGCAAGCACUGUCAGGGCAGCAGCCGACCCGGGAUGGAGCCGACCUCUCCAGUCCCUCCCUCAGCUGAGGAGCCCCCCGUGUCCGCACCGGCAGACCUGGCCCCCGCCCCUCCAGAGUCUCCCACACCCCCUUGUCCUCCUGCUGCCGAAAGCUGCGAGCGGGCAGGGACCUGGCGCCGCCACCGCGACUGACCCCGGGCAGACAGGCGGACAGGCUGGAGCCCGCCGCGGCUGGAAAGCCCCUCUUGUUGGGCCGCGGCCCUCUCGUUGAAGAGCCUUUCUCUGCUGACUGCUGUUGGGAAGUUUGCUGGCACCUCUGAGGGCUGCCAGGAUCCAGGAGCUCGAUGCCAGGGAUUUGCUUCUUUUCAUAAUCUGGGCUCUGCCCGCCGGUUCCUGGAGGUGUCCUAUGCAGUGUUAGCUGCCGUGACAGAUAUUCGGAGCGGCUCGUUUUAAAUUGUUUUCAGUUCAGUGGACAUUUUUGCAGUGUCACCAGGAGAAUGUGCAACUUUUAUCUGGGAUUUAAUGCAUUUUUAUAGAAACACUUUGGAUGAAUCAAGCUCUCUCCCUAUUUAAGUAAACUCGGAGCGUUCCUUUUUUUUCUUACAAACAAUUUAGAACUGCACUUGUCCCUUUGUGGGUGUCCUGUGAGAGGUGGCAUAGCACCUUCCUCUGCCGAGGGGGUUCGGAGGACUGGCAUUCUGAUGGAAGAAGUGAGCACCCGAGAGGACAGUCUGGUCAUCGGACACUAAUUCAGACUUUGAAAAGUGGUUCCAGGUGCCCGAGGAAGCAGUCCACCGUUAGCCUGGGGCGCUGGGCUCACCUAAGACAACACUGGAUAUUUAUUUGUAUACAGACCACAGGGGAAUGUCACUUUCUUCCCUAGACAGUGUGCUCUCCCCCAACUCUUCCCACAUAUGUAUUAGGAGACAUUAAUGGAAUCGUCCUUUGGGCUUUUUCAUGAAAGGCGUGGCGCAUGCGGCACCCCCCCAGGCCAAGUGGUUUCUUCUCAGCAAGCCGGCUUCUAGCAGAGCAUGGUAAACUAGGCAUCUGACUAGCCACCGCAGUCUCUUUCAUCAUCUGCUUGUCAUCUGGAGCUGGCCGGAAACAACUGAGGAAACAUAGCCCGAGGCACAGUCAGGACCGGGGCAGGAAGGUGCUCCACAAACAUCCUCUGUUAUUAACCUUCUGGAAGGCUGCUGGCAGUUUUUCCUUUUUUCCCCCACUACCCUGCCCUUUUUAAUAAUUGUACAUAAUCAAUGUAUUUGUUUUACCUGCUCAUCUUCUAAACUGGGGGGCCCUGUAGUUCAUUCUCAUUGUUAGACUUUUGCCUUUAUAAGUGUACCCAACCUGCAAUAAACCCUUCUUGAGGAAAAAAGUGAUGGGGGUGGGCAAAGGAUUGUGUGGUGUUGUUUUGCAAAGGAUGUGUGAUCAGAGCACACUUCCUUGGCCUAGGUUCAUGUCCUUUUAUGAAGUUUUAGGUGAGGAGUAGUGGGGAGGGAGAAUGAUGCUUGGGAAGAACACAUGAAAAUGCAUCUUGGUCAAAGUGUAUUUGCUAACAGGUGCACACACCUGCAACAAAAGCUCAGGAACAAAUAGGGAUUGUUAAUGUAUGGCAGAGGAAUCUUAUGGAGCCAAUGGCAGGAAGGUCAGGCUUCACAGGAAAUAGGAAGCAGGGCAACUGUUCCCCAGUCUCCUUCUGUCUGUCACUGUCUCUGACUCCGAGACUGUGCAGUCUCCUGUCUCUGCUGCUCUGGGUGCAUUUUGGCUCUUGGUUCUGUUCUCUUGUAACUCCUGCUUGCCUGUAGCUCUGAUGUAGCCUGGUGCUGCUCUGUCCCCAACUUCUCAAGGCUGUCCCAACUCCAGGCCUUGAGACCAUCUGCUUCCACUCUGGAUCUCUGAAUUCACAUUGCUGAAGGAAUGAGACUAUCUGACUGGCCCUUCUCCCUGGGCUGGUGCUGACCCAUGAUUUGAUCCAGCGGCUGGCUACAAAAUGCAGAUUUUGCCUCCUGGGCCUACAAAGGCAGCAGGUAUAGGCUUCAGGAGGAGGGCAGUUUCAAAAAAGCUGUAAUGUAUAGGUCUAGAACAUUUUGCUUGUCUCUGGCCUCACUAAUGAGUUAAAGAGCAAGCUUUUUCAUGGCUCCCAGUGGAGAUAUUUUUGUUAAUGAAAGAGAAGAGCUAAUGUAAAGGAAAGAGAACAUGGAAAUAGUGAUGGAGCAUGGCCUCUGGCAGUGAUCAGAGCCCGAAACCGGGGUCCCUCUCUGGAACGAGGUUAAAAGGCAUUUGCUGACAACUUCAAGUAUUUGCCAGGGAAGUGCUGGUCACUGGUGAUAAGACGAAGGAGUGUCUUCUGGACAGCACGUGCUCCCAUCCUCUGUGUCACCCUCAGAUGGCCUGGGACAUGGUGGGGGAGGAUGGCCUGGAGACACGAAGUAGCAUGAGCAGGUGGGGCAGCACAGCCUAGCAGCUCUCCUGUAAUUACAUGAAUCCCACAAACACCUGGAGAAACGAUGUGUGGCGGUGAAGGAGCAAACCAAGCCGUUGACCGUAACAACGCAAGUCACAGAAUUGGUGGGAGACAGAGUCACUGUGCAGUUUUAGGUUCUUCCAUCUCCAAAGCUGUGCUCUUUGGAGGAACCCUGUCCCACGGGGACAAAUCAAGGCCCGGGUGUGAAUGGUCAUCUAAGUAGUGAUCCUAAAUAAAGGCCCUGACACCACAAGCAAACUGUUCAUUUGCCCAUGUGUUUAGAAAACAUUUGUUGGGCUCUUCUUCUGUUCUCAGAGUCCAAAUUAAAUAUAGGGAUGUAAUUGCUAGGUUUCUCUGUUCCUGCACAGUGAGAAUGGCAUGUACUUGUUUGAUGUUCAUUCCCUUACUCCAGCAGGGGAUCUGUGUCUAAAGGAUUUGACCUGUGAAGGGGUAGAAAAAGGGAAGUGGUGACCUGCUGAAGCCACCAUGGGGUGCCUGCUGGGCUCAGCAACUGCCCAGGGGUCAGGGAGUGCGUGUCUCUCUCUUCAAAAAGGUUGCUGUGUUAUGGAAGUAUAUGGAAUACAUGGAUUAAAAACAUUCGGUAAAACUUCCAGAAUAUUUUCAUGGAUACAACUGUGAAAUGUGAAUUUGAAAAUAGGAUCGUUGAGAGCAGACCGUAUGGGACGAGAAAGGGAGCUAAUGAUGUUGGUGGGGAAAGACCUCUGGAGCAGCGCUGCCCCCUGGAAACACAGUGUAAGCUGCCUCAUUUAACAUUUUCUGGUGCCACAUUAAAAAGGAAUGGGUGAAAUUAA